AUGGGAGGGUCAGAUUUCACCACCAGUUUCCACAAGAAGCCGUAUGGUGCAAUCUCCCCACUGCGCGCCGAGCUGUCGCAGACCGGCAGGGUAGUCCUCAUUACCGGUGGAAACGCUGGUAUCGGCUACGCAGCUGCUCGAGCAUUUGGCCAAGCAGGUGCUUUGAAGGUGAUUAUCACGGGUCGCCGAGCCGACGUCACCAAGGCAGCGGCAGAGGCAUUAGGGAAUGAUGUUGCAUCACAGUCUGCCGGGACCACGGAGUUCAUCGCAGUCACCUGCGAUAUUGCCAGCAGCUCUGAUGUCGAGCGCCUUUGGACAGACCUCAAGGCUAAGGGCGUGAUCGUCGAUGUGCUCAUGCUCAAUGCGGCGGGCAUCUCAGAGAUCAAAGGUAUCCUCGCACGGGGCACCGAUGGCAUCUGGGACGAUUAUAGCAUCAAUGUUCGCUCCCAGCUACAAAUGACUGAGCGCUUCUAUAAGCAGGAUGAUGGGGGCAAUGGAUCUUGGAAGUCUUUGGUCAUGGUUUCGACCCUGGGCAUUCACGACUGGGAGGCUGCGGCACAACGUCCAGGGUAUGGGUUGACCAAGAACGCCGGGACACUGGCCAUGCAGCUCAUCGCCGCGGAGACACGGCCGGAGAGGAUGCAAGUCGUCAGUUUCAACCCGGGCCCCGUCUUCACAGAGAACGCGAAGGUUGCGGGAUACACGGAGGAAGAUUUUGCUUGGAAUGAUCCAAACCUUCCGGGCCAGUUUGCCGUGUGGGCGGCCUCGUCAGAAGCUCGGUUCCUCCACGGGAGGUUCGUCUGGACGGAGUGGGACGUGGACGAGUUGAAGCACGGCAAGAUCCGGAGCAGGAUUGACGAGGACCCGGCAUAUCUGCGGAUAGGUGUGAUCGGUCUGUGA